UCCGCUGUAAAGGGUGGUGCGCUGCGGUCGUUCUCUCGUUUUGUCAAAUUGUCAUCCGCUUCAAUUUACCUUUGUUAGGAAUUAUAUUAUCUCCGUUAAUAAUUAUUAUCCCAAGUUAUAAGUAGUUUCCUCCGCCCUCGCCCAGUUUUGCCUGCAUCUCGAAGUGAAACAUAUAUACCUCACCGUCGAAGUGUUGUGAAUUCUUAACAUUGAAGUAGAUAAUUGUAACAUGGCUAGCAGAGGAACCGUCCAGCGUCCUAAUGGUCAAACGCAAGGAAAGAUCUGUCAGUUCAAACUGGUGCUACUGGGAGAAUCAGCCGUCGGAAAAUCAAGUUUAGUUCUCAGAUUUGUGAAAGGACAGUUCCAUGAAUAUCAAGAAAGUACCAUCGGAGCUGCAUUCUUAACCCAAACUGUGUGCCUGGAAGAUAUGACAGUCAAAUUUGAAAUCUGGGAUACUGCAGGACAAGAAAGAUAUCAUAGUUUGGCACCUAUGUAUUAUAGAGGCGCUCAAGCAGCUAUAGUUGUGUAUGACAUUACAAAUCAAGAUACUUUUAACCGUGCAAAAACGUGGGUCAAAGAGUUACAACGGCAAGCAUCUCCUAAUAUAGUCAUAGCUUUGGUCGGCAAUAAAGCAGAUUUGGUAUCAAAGCGCAGUGUUGAAUGUCAAGAAGCCCAAUCAUACGCUGAAGAACACGGUCUCCUUUUCAAUGAAACUUCAGCUAAAACAGCCGUGAAUGUUAAUGAUGUUUUUCUUGCCAUUGCAAAGAAAUUACCAAAAAAUGAGAAUAGAACGGGUCCUGGCUCUAGUGGUCAAGGCAUUGUAGUAUCUGAUUCCAAUAACAAGCCUCCAUCAAGAUGCUGCAAGUGAUCGACCAAUGAUGCAUGUGUGUGGCUUUUCCAAUUAAUAAAGAGAGGAUCCUUUUGUACAGGCAGCUCCUUCGUAAUAUCUGAGAGAAAAAAGGGAACAAAAGCAUCAAAUAUUUUCACUACAAUAUUGUAAGUAGCUAUUCCAUUCAUAAUUUGAAAAACGAUCAUAAAGUCUGGAGCAUACAUUUGCCUGUUAGCAAAAUGGGAACAAUCGGAAACAUAAUUACUGAUUUAGAGUGGUUCAUAAACUUGGAGUCAGGAAAUGCAAGGCAAAGUAAUGAGUCCAUCAAGAGACUCUGUACAAAGAAAUUACUCAAAGAUGUGUACCUUAAGCCGCUCCACUCUUAUCCAAUCCCAUGCAUGAUUUGUUAAACACCCUGUAUUUAUUUUUGUUAAUUCGGUAAUCUAUGUAUGUAUCGAUUUAUUUUUCUUGUUAUUAUCCUUUUACCUAGUAUCUAAUAUAUUUUUCUUCAUAUUAACAGAGAAAUUGAAAUAUCAUGUUUAAUUUUUGAAUGGCGUGCAUCGAUUGUGUGCCCUGCUCUUUCUCCUUCUCAUGUCGCAAUAAUUGUUCAUUUCAAGACUCUGAACUUUAAUAUGAAAUCAAAAACAAUAAACUUUUUUGGGUGAACAGUGUCUUUGCUGACUUAAAAGAAAUUUUGUUUCUAGCUAAGUUUUAAUCUGAAUAUGAAAGAUUUGUACCUGGAUAAGGAAUUUAUUUUUCUUUCCCUUAUUAAUAAACGUCUCUGAGAAAAGCCCUUUCAGAUCCUCCCUUUUUCUUUAUUUUUACUUUAACUUCCUUACUAUUCUUAUGUGUGUGCGUAUUGCACUUUUUCAUUGUAGCUUUUGUUCAAGUCUCUUUUCAAUUGUAAGUAUGUAAAAUGUCUAUUCAAAAUAAUGACGAUUUUCAACUGUGUAUGUAUAGCAUAUUUUUGUUAACUCAUUAUAAAAGAUGGCUGCAAGUUGACAAGCACCAAUUAAUUGUUAAACUAACUUUAGAAUUCUUGAGGUCAAAUGCAAAGGCAUUUUUCUCUGUGGAAAAUGAUGUCUGAACUUUGAAGUCAAAUAUUUUUCAUCAUCUCUGUAGGAAAGAAUCGGAACAUUUCUUUAACGCUUUGAGAAAAUUAUAAAGAAGUAUGUCAUAGAGGGGCCAAAAAGCAAUACGCAAUCCUUUGCUGAGAUUUUAAACUGAAAGAUCUUUCUUCUCUGCACAUCUUGAACCAAUUUUUCUUCUUCUUUUUUUUAAUAUUCUCCCAAAUUUGUUUGCUUUUCCAAUCUCUCUUUUUUCGGCAACAGUCACGGUUUU